AUGGGGUGGGGCUAAAGACAACUGCAAACUGAGAGAUAGUUAGCUAGCUAGCGAGACACUGUCCUCCUGCGAUUGGAAAGUACUAGCUAACUACUGUGAUUUGGACUAUAUGAACAUGCUAAUAGUGUAGAGGAAAGGCCUAUGCCUAUGCCGACAAGUUACAAGCUACAAGAAGUUGUUUAAUCGCACCGAAAUCUAAUUGUGUAUGUAGUAUUAAUAAAGCUGCGAGUGGGAGAGUCAAAUCAUUCGGUAUCUCGGAGCCAGCAUCAUGGCUACUAGUCUGAAUGAACGGUUUACUGUACUAGAGAAAGAAAUAUGUAACCCUCAAUCUGUGAUUCAUGUGGAUGGAUUGUUGGAUGCUGUAACGGCUGUAUUUGAAGACAUAGAGCAUCCAGCUCUCAGCAGGAACAAGAACUUUGAGAACUUCAAGCGUCGUUAUGAAUCUUCUGUGGGGACAAUUGUUGAGAGUCGGUUAUCAGCCGAUGACUUCAAAGUUGAGAAGAUCAUCGGACGAGGAGCAUUUGGAGAAGUUCAACUGGUCCGAAUGAAGGAGUCCAACAAGGUGUAUGCCAUGAAGCUACUCUCUAAAUUCGAGAUGAUCAAGAGGUCUGACUCGGCGUUCUUCUGGGAGGAGAGAGACAUCAUGGCCCACGCAGACUCUGAAUGGAUUGUGGAGCUCCAUUACGCCUUCCAGGACACCAACUACCUGUACAUGGUCAUGGAGUACAUGCCAGGUGGUGACAUGGUGAGUCUGAUGGGCCGAUUUGAGAUCCCUGAUGAGUGGGCUAGGUUCUAUAUAGCUGAGCUGACACUAGCGCUGGAGGCCAUCCACAAACUGGGCUAUGUGCACAGAGACAUCAAACCAGACAACAUGCUCAUGGACACACGGGGACACUUGAAACUGGCCGACUUUGGAACCUGCAUGAAAAUGGACAAGACUGGCAGGGUGAGGUGUGACACAGCCGUGGGUACUCCCGACUACAUCUCUCCCGAGGUCCUCAAGUCACAAGGCGGGGAUGGCUACUAUGGCCAGGAGUGUGACUGGUGGUCAGUGGGUGUGGUCUUGUUCGAGAUGCUGUGCGGAGACACGCCCUUCUAUGCUGACACGGUGAUUGGCACGUACGGGAAGAUCAUGGAUCACAAGAAUUCACUCGAGUUUCCGGAGGAGGUCAGAGUCUCUCGAUAUGCCAAAGAUCUCAUCAAGAAAUUCCUCGACUCUGGUAAUGUUCGCCUGGGCAGUAAGGGCUCUUCUGCUGUGAAACGCCACCCAUACUUUACGAAUGAUUUAUGGACGUUUGAGAAUAUACACAGUCAAGUCCCGCCUGUGGUGCCAGAGCUGAAGGGGGACAUGGACACUCAGUACUUUGACGUCCUUGAUGAUGAUAAGGACAAAGUGGAGACCUUCGCUACACCCAGGGACUUUGCUGGCAAUCAUCUUCCAUUUGUCGGAUUCACCUUCUCCAAAGGACGAAGACUGUUGGACACCAGAGAAAAGCAGAGCAACUCUAAGAAGGAAGAGAAACGUGUGGGUGAGUUGAGUGAUGCCAACUCUCGACUAGAGGACCAGCUUCAUCAAGAGAAGAGAGAUAAAGAAGAGCUAGAGAGAUCAAUGAAGUCACUGGAGAAGCGUCUUGCAAGAGCUCUGACCGAUGUGGAAACAGAGGUUCAGCUGAAACGGGGCAAAGAGGAGACGGUAAUAACGGUGGAGAGGAAGAUGGCCAUGAUUCGAAUGGAGAUGAAUGAGAUGACCACGAGGUGUGAGGCUGCAGAGGAGGAAAAGGCACAUUUGAGCGACCAGGUGAUUGAGCUACGGAGCAGGAUGCUAGAGGGUCAAAGUGCAGAGCACCUCCAGGUAGACUUGAAACGAGUGAAGCAAGACCUCCAAUCAGUCACUGAGCAGAAAAACAAGCUGUCUGAUAGCAAGCAGGUCUUACAGAAGGAGCUGGUGAUGGUGAAGUCAUCACUGAAAGCAAUGGAGGAGCGGUGUGCUUCCACCCAGAGUGAGAAGAACUCUCUGGAACAAAUGGCCCACUCCCUGAAGACAGAACUGGACAGGGAGAAGAAGAUGCGCUCUGAGCUGCAGGCCAAGAAGACUGAGCUAGAGAGAAUGGCCAGUUCUCAGGAGGACGACUUGUCAGCUCUCGCCUCCAAAUAUAAAGAGGCGAGUGAUGAGACCAAGAAAGCCAAGAGAACCUCCAAUCAACUGGAGAAGCAGAAAGCUGAUGCUGAGUUGGCACUAAAGUCUCUCAAGUUGAGACACGAACAAUUGACCAAGGAUUUCGAGGCUAUAAAGGAGAAAAUGAAAGUUCGACACGCAUCAUCUUCCAGUGAACAUGCAGCGUACAUGGAGCUCCAGGCCAAGUUCUCUGCUGAACAAGAAGCCAAGGUGAAGGCCAUUGAGAGGUACAACUCCUCUCAGCACCAAUGCUCCAUGCUGGAAAUGGACAUUGAGAACUCUCGAGACGAGGCAAGAAAAGUAUCCAAAGAGCUGGAGAUUGCCACGGAGAAGCUCAAGGUCAUACAGAAUGAGAGUCGCAAGAGACUCAAGUCAGAGACAGACAGCAAGCGACACAACGACAAACUGAUCGAUGAGCUCCAGUCUCGAGAAGCGUCCCUCCUGGACCAACUCUCAGCACUCAAGUCUGACAAGCAGCGCCUGGAAGACACUGUGUAUCGUCUCAAGAGCGAGUCCAUGUCAGUGGACAUGUCACUAAAGCAGCUCAGAGACGAACUGGAGGAUGAAAAGAAAGAAAAGCAAAAUAUUCAUAACCAGUUGAAAGAUGUGUCCAAUCGAAAAGACUCGAAAGCAUCUGAUCAAGAGCUAAUUCACUUGCGUGGUGAGGUGGAGAUACUGACUGGACGGCUAGAGAGAGUUAACUUGGCUAAAUCUAUGGCUGAGAGCAAACUGAGUGACUUUGACCGCUACAAGGCUGUUAUAGAGUUGGAGAUGAACGAGCUCAUCACUCGACACAAGAUAGCCAUUACUGAGAAGAUGGCAAGGGCAGCUCAGAUUGAAGAGCAUCUUAUCAUGGUGGAGGGUAAGCUGGAGUACAGGAUUGACGAGUGUGAGAACCUCAAGGAGUCACUGCGCAUUGCAGAGACAAAGUUGAAUGACUUUGUGUCAGGGUCAAGUGAGCACGAAGACCAAAUGAAGAAACUGCAGAAGUCUCUGGACACUGAGAGGGUGCUCAAAGUGGAGGCCAUCAACAAACUCACUCAGGUGAUGCUCUCCCGGCCUAACACAUCCAAAGGUGGUAAGCAUCCCAGCAAUGCUCCCAAGAGAGAGGACCGCGAGGUACGGAAGCUCCAGGGCCAACUGGGCAGGGAGAGGGACAAGUACGCCGACAUGGUCUCCAAGUAUCGGAAAGAGUUGGAGGACGUGUCUUCGAAAAUCAGUGAAGAGCAGACACUGCGUCAAGAUCUCCAGGUGAAGCUACUGCAGAGUGAGCAGCAACUCAAGCAACUCAAGCAGACCCUCGGACAGCCUAACGGGGAGUUUCCUGAUGGGACUAACGUCGGCUCUGAAUUCUCACCGAUUCUGGAGAGAGACACGUGUCACUUGCAGAUCCCCAAGGGUCACCCUCCCACAAGGAAAGGAUGGAAGGAUGUGUUCAUGGUGAUGUCAUUCACGAUGAAGCGACUCAUGAUCUACGAGAAGGAGGAGGACAUGGAGUCCGGAGUCUACCUCAACUCUCUAGAAUUCAGUCAAAUCUACACUGUUCGUACCCUUCGAAGUGGAGAACACGAGACCUUCAGAGUUAAACCAAGCGACCUUAAGAAGAUCCUUGUGCUUUCGUACAUUGAUCAACAGAAGGAUAACAGUCCGUCAGAGCCGGCCAGUUUCCCUCUAGCUGCCAAAGCAGAGGAGGUGAUAGUGAAGGUUCGAGGGCACGACUUCGUAGAGAUCAGCUACCACACACCAUCCAACUGUGAUGUGUGCAACAAGACCCUGCCCUGGUCACUCGUCAAGGGUGGACAGGGCACCUACGAGUGUAAACGAUGCCAUCUCAAGUGCCAUCGAGAGCAUGCAGAUAAAGGAGAGUCAGCCAUGCAGCCUUGUGUAGGAGGUGAACGUAAUAUAAAGAGGAUCCUCCUGCUAAUCAAGAGUAACGAGGAUCGGGAGAGAUGGUUGGGUAGACUCUCUCAGAUCACCAUCGCUAAAGAGGACAACACUAUACCAUCGUCCAGUCAAUUUGCUGGCUUCAGAGGAGGCAGUAUGAGAUUACGCAGGCCCGGUAGUGCCACCACAAAACCCCAACAACUUCCUGCCCCUCCCACACUCCCAUUACGCACAGGCUCAGUGAGCAUUGCCGGCAAGAGUUCAAACCCGGCCCGGCUGUCUGGGUAUAACACCAUCGGACCCACCAGCUCGGGGAGACCGCCCCUCCCGCCAGAACUGCUCAACCUGAAACGCGAACUUCAGUGGCAAGGGGAUUCUCAUACUCAAUAAGGAACUAUCUUACUUACUAGGAACAUGAUGGAGUGCAACUCAUAAUGUUCAAUAGAGUCAAUCACAAUGCAUAAGUUUAUUUGUGCUAUUCUAGUAAAUCCUGUUUUUUUUUGCAAUUGGACAAUCGAACUACCUCAACUAGGUAGACUGCAUCAUAGAUCUGUUGCGUAGCAUUUUUUUGUCCAAUGUAUGUGUAUGUUUUAUUGUGAAAUUGCUAGACACAUCGAGAA